AUGUCAGACAAACAGAAGGGACUAUCUGAUGCAAUUGGUAUGAUAUUCCCAUAUGCUCAACAGAGAUGUUGCAGCAGACAUCUAUAUCAAAAUUUCAGAAAAUUUUUUCUUGGUCCAAUUUUGAAGCAGUAUUUUUGGUCAGCAUCAAGAGCCUAUACUGCCAUCCAGCUUGAGAGAGAGAUGAAUUUGAUUAGAGAGCUUAACAAUGAAGCCUAUCAGUGGUUGAUUAAGAAUCCCUUAAGCAUGUGGAUAGCAGACUUAAGGCACAUGCCUAUUCUUACCUUAGUUGACCAACUAAGAGUGAAGAUGAUGGAGAGAUUGUAUAGAAUGUAUGAGAAAGGCUGUGGUUAUGACAUAAAUGGUAUAGUCACAACAAAUGUAAAGAGAAAGUUGGAUAUGGUGCAACAAAAGACAAGGGAAUGCAUUGUUCAUCCAUCUAGUCCACAUACCUUUGAGGUGCAAGACAUGUUUCAAGGUCGGUUCGUGAUUAAUUUGGUAGCUCACACUUGUACCUGUAGAAUAUGCAAUUCUACUAGGCUGCCAUGUAAACAUACAGCUAUAGCUAUCACUUUCUUGAAUGGAAAAAUAGAACAAUAUUGUCAUGCAUUCUACAGUGUGAAGACAUAUAUGGAUGUAUAUAGUGGGAUGAUCCAGCCACUUCCUGAUCUAUCUGAAUUGAAACCAACUUAUCCUACCCAGCUAGUACAACCUCCAAUUCUUAAGAGGAAACCAGGAAGACCUCAUACAAGUAGGAAGAAGGAUGGUGAUGAGGUGACCAAUCCGAGAUUAAAGCCUAUGAUAUGUAGCAACUGCAAGCAAUCAGGUCACAACAAGAGAAAAUGCCAGUUAGCUCCAGUCAAAGGCACUGGAACUUCUACCAGUCAGGGAAGUGGUAUGAAGAGAAAGAAGGUGAAUAAAAGCCAAGAUAGUACCUGCAACUCUCAAAGAAUUACCAGGUCACAGGCAUCUAAAGCUAUGUCACAAGAGAGUAUACAGGAAAGGACUGUGACCAAAUUGACCAAGAAGCAUGCACACAGGAAUGAAUAA